CCAAUACUUCUCUCAUUCUGACAAUUAUAGGUUUUUUGUUGCGGCCAUAAAAAAUGGCUAUGGCUCUCUUUCUUCUCUAUGAAACCGCUGCUGGUUAUGCUUUGUUUGAAGUCCAUGGAAUCGAUGAAAUCGGUCAGAACACCGAAGCUGUUCGGAAUUCCGUUACCGAUAUGAACAGGUUCGGUAAAGUUGUUAAGCUUCGCUCUUUCAAUCCUUUUACCUCUGCUCUUGAAGGUCUUGAACAAAUCAACGCCGUUUCUGAAGGGAUUAUGACCGAUGAGCUGAGGACUGUUUUGGAGACUAACUUACCUAAAGUAAAGGAAGGGAAGAAGCCAAAGUUCACCUUAGGUGUAUUAGAAUCUAAGAUUGGUUCGCAUAUACAUGAAGCUACAAAGAUUCCAGUCCAAAGUAACGACUUUGUUGGCGAACUUAUUCGUGGUAUCAGGCAACAUUUUGAAAAGUUCGUUGGUGAUCUCAAGCCAGGAGAUUUUGAAAAGGCACAACUUGGUCUGGGCCAUAGUUACAGCAGAGCUAAGGUGAAAUUCAAUGUUAAUCGGGUUGACAAUAUGGUCAUUCAAGCAAUCUUCCUUCUCGAUACACUUGAUAAGGAUAUCAAUUCAUUUGCCAUGAGAGUCAGAGAGUGGUAUUCAUGGCAUUUUCCUGAGCUAGUGAAGAUUGUAAAUGAUAAUUAUUUGUAUUGCAAAAUUGCAAAAUUUAUUGAAGAUAAGUCAAAGUUGGCUGAAGACAAGAUUGAAGCCUUGACCGACUUAGUUGGAGAUGAAGAUAAAGCAAAGGAGAUUGUAGAAGCUGCCAAAGCCUCCAUGGGUCAGGAUUUGUCCCCUGUGGAUUUGAUCAAUGUCCAUCAGUUUGCCCAAAGGGUGAUGGACUUAUCUGAUUACAGAAGAAGGUUGUCUGAUUACCUCACUGCUAAAAUGAAUGAUAUUGCACCAAAUUUGCAAUCUUUAGUUGGUGACAGUGUUGGUGCUCGUUUAAUUUCCCAUGCUGGUAGUCUCACUAAUUUAGCUAAGUGCCCCUCCUCAACUCUUCAAAUUCUUGGUGCAGAGAAGGCUUUGUUCAGGGCAUUAAAAACAAGAGGAAACACUCCCAAGUAUGGUCUGAUAUUCCACUCUUCUUUUAUUGGUCGUGCAUCUGCCAAAAACAAGGGCCGAAUGGCUCGCUAUCUUGCAAACAAAUGCUCAAUUGCAUCACGAAUUGACUGCUUUUCUGAAAAGGGUACUUCAGCAUUUGGGGAUAAACUCCGUGAGCAAGUUGAGGAGCGACUUGACUUUUAUGACAAGGGAGUUGCCCCUCGUAAGAACAUUGAUGUCAUGAAAUCUGCUAUCGAAAGUGCUGAUAAUAAUGAUACAGAAAUGCAAACAGAGGAAGUUUCAGCUAAGAAAACCAAGAAGAGGAAGCAAAAAGCUACGGAAGAUGACAUGGCUGUAGAUAAGGCUGAAGAAACUACAAAUGGUGAUGUGGAGCAUAAGUCAGAGAAGAAGAAAAAGAAGAAAGAAAAGAGAAAAUUGGACCAGGAGGUGGAAGUUCAGGAACAGGUUGUAGAUGAUGGUGCCAAUGGGGAAUCAGGCAAGAAGAAGAAAAAGAAAUCCAAAAGAAAGGAUACUGAAUGAUGAACACUAUCGAAUAAUAUGUUACAUUUUAGUUUGCUUUGAACUUCUAACAUUUGCUGCAUAUGUCUUGGCUCUUGUUGAGUACUUUUUAUUUAAUUAUUUAGCCUAAAAGUUUUGUCCAACCACCAUGUUUCCCGCAUAAAAUUAAUAUUUUGGUAGUUUUUGUAUCACACACUUGAUCUUAAUAUUGGUAUUGGGAUAGUUUUUGUGACA